GGAUUAUCCAUUUACAGAAUAAGCUCUCUAUCUUUCAGCAAUGGCGGUUCUCAGCUGCUUGUGCUCCGCAAAACUUGGCAAUCCUCUUCACAAAACAGCUUCAGCUACUCCCAAACCCGCCGUCUCGCAGUCUCUCCGCCGCUACCCUUUUCGCAUCUCCGCCAAUUCUCUGUCUCCGGCGACUUUGAACCCGCAAUCUCAGGCUCCGAGAAAAGACCCGCUCUUGUCUUUCGGAGAAUCUCUCUCCACUGCCGGCUUCAUCGCUCUCCUCUCUGCUUCACUCUUCUUUGCCUCUGAUCCUGCAUUGGCCUUUAAGGGUGGAGGUCCAUAUGGUGCUGGGGUGACCAGAGGGCAGGACCUUACUGGGAAGGAUUUUAGUGGAAAAAGUUUGAUCAAGCAAGAUUUCAAGACGUCUAUAUUAAGACAAGCCAAUUUUAAAGGUGCAAAGUUAUUAGGAGCUAGCUUCUUUGAUGCUGAUUUGACAGGCGCUGAUCUCUCUGAGGCUGAUCUUAGAGGCGCUGACUUCUCCUUAGCAAAUGUAGUAAAGGCAAAUUUAAGCAACGCUAACUUGGAAGGAGCGACUGCAACUGGCAACACAUCUUUUAAAGGGUCAAUUAUAACAGGCGCAGAUUUCACAGACGUUCCUCUAAGAGACGAUCAAAGGGAAUACCUCUGCAAAAUCGCUGAUGGGGUAAAUCCCAUGACUGGCAAUGCAACACGAGAUACAUUACUCUGCAAUUAGAAUUUUGUAUCUGUGACAGAUGAAGGUAUUCGAGCUUAAUUUUUUGCGAGUACUUACAAUAUAAAUGAAUAAGAAUGUGUAUGUAUAUAUAUAAUCUUGUGACUCAUCUCUGUAUGUUGUAUUUUACGAGUUUGCUGUCUAGAAUUGUUGUGUUAUCAUCAGAUCAUGCAAGGUUCCAUUUAUUUGAUCAGAUUUUCCCUGUGCUACCCUCUUGAUUCCACUGGUUCAGAAUUUCUACACAGCAUUAGACUCUGUCAGUCUGUCCAUUAUUGUAAAUGCACAAGGUUUCAUCAUACAGAUAGUGAAUACUCAACUGCUAUAUAGUGCCUAAACCUUUGAUAUAAAGUUUCUUGCUUGAGCAUA